AUGUUACAAAAUAUCAUUACGAAUCUUUUAAUGGAGAGAAGUUAUAAUGAGAAAGAAUAUCCUGCAUGGCUGUUGUUCGAGACGGAGAAUAGUCUUUUAAUUCGUGAUACUCAAUACGAUCUUUUAAAAACUAUGUUGGAAGACAAAGAAAAUAGUAUUUAUCAGUUAAAUAUGGGAGAAGGUAAAACAUCGGUUAUUCUAGUUAUCCUAAACCAAAUGUUGGCGGAUGGAAAAAAUAUUUCUAGAAUUAAUUGUUUAGAAUUAUUAAUGGGAGUGAUGCAAGAAUUAUUAAGAAAUAAAUUUAGAGGUUUGUUACAGAAGAAAAUUUAUGUUAUGCCAUUUUCAAGAGAGGUUGUAUUUGACACUGGAAAUGUUAAAAAGAUUACAGAAAUGCUUACUGAAUGUAAAAAUAGAAAACACGUUUUAUUAGUAACACCUGAACAACGAUUAUGUUUUCAACUGAAAAAACAAGAAACAUUUUUAGAAUAUUUACAGUCAAAAGAUGCAGAUGAUCUUUUUGAUUGGGAAAGACAUAAUGAUCAUCAUAAAUACACACAUUUAGCGAACAAUAAAAAUCCGUAUAUUUUAACAGAGUUUCAAGUAGUUUUAAGACAAGCAUUGGAGACAUUAGGCUACAUAAACAGUAAUAACAAAAUAUUAAAAUAUCCAUCCGAAGGAUAUAACACAUUUCAAGAACAAGUGGAUCAUGAAAUCAGCAAUAUUUCUUCACAAAAAGAAUAUCACGCACGUCCUAAUGUUAAUGCUACUUUUGUGAUCCUAUGGUACAAUUCAAGACAACUUAAGACUCAUCUUGAACAACAAAUAGGAUUACUCUAUUCUAUUGAUGAAUUUAAAUUCUUUGAUAUUCUUGAUGAAUCAGAUGAAAUUUUACGCCAUGGAAAAGAAUUAAAUUAA